CCGGCAUGAAACAAACCACGAGCUGAGAGUUUUCACACAACAGUCGGAAGAGUACCAUUGUCGGGAGUGUGACGUGCUAGAAAAUAGUUUGCAUAGUGUAGUUAUUUCUUCUCAGAAUCGUAAUCAUACUAUUUAGCUCAACAUAUCUCUCACAGGAAGUAGUUAGACAUCUGGAAGAAAGCAGCUUUGAGCGUUACCCGGAGUAAACCUGACUGCACAGCAAUGAGUGACCCCGAGCCAGCUACAUUUGCAUCUGUUGAACAAGAGCGGGACUACUGGAAGGAACAGGCGGCCAAAUACCAGCAAAGGGCUGAGGAGGCGCAGGAGGAGCUGCAGGAGUUUCAGCAGAUGAGUCGAGACUAUGAGGCGGAGCUGGAGACAGAGCUGAAGCAGUGUGACGCCCGUUAUCGUGAGCUUCUUACGGCCAACAACAGACUCCGCAUGGAAUUAGAAAACUACAAGGAGAAGUAUGAAACGCAGCACUCUGAUGCAUUCAGGCAGAUCUCGACUCUAGAAGGAGACCUGGCAGAGACCACAGCCAUCAAAGACCAACUGCACAAGUAUAUCCGGGAGUUAGAGCAAGCUAACGAUGACCUGGAAAGAGCUAAGAGGGCGACUAUAAUGUCACUUGAGGACUUUGAGCAGAGAAUGAAUCAUGUUAUAGAGAGAAAUGCCUUCCUUGAGAGUGAGCUUGAUGAAAAAGAGAAUCUUCUAGAAUCAGUACAGAGAUUAAAAGAUGAAGCCAGAGAUUUAAGACAUGAACUUAAUGUUCAGCAGAAACAGGAGCGCAAGUCAUCAAUCAGCCUUUCUAAAGAUGUAGAGAAGCCAGAGGCCACACCCACAAGACCCUCCUCUGUUGUUACCUCCGCUCUCCCAUCUCUCCAUGCCACACCCUCCAGACCUCCAGGCUCAGGGAGUGCAUUUAACACCCCCUCAGCUUCCUACAGCAGAAUCGAAGGCCUGACUGGAACUCCUCUCACCACAUCUGCACGUAUAUCUGCCCUCAACAUCGUUGGAGAACUGCUGAGGAAAGUUGGGAACCUUGAAUCAAAGCUGGCAUCAUGCAGAGAGUUACACAUCCAUGAGAAAACACCCAGCCGUGCAGCGAUUGGCCAGGGUACACCGAGCGUUUCACGGGAAACCCCUGAAAUCCCAUCCAGCACAAAUGGCUUGUAUGAUAAGGGGAUGGUGAAACGGUUGGACUUUGGAACAGGACCCAAGAUAAUGCUCUGAAUAAAGUGCUAUUCGCUACCAUAGCAUGUCUUUCGCUCUCACAUCAUUGGGAAUGCAAGUGUUCCUAAUACAUUAAUAUGGAAAUGCUUUAUUUUCAGGAGCUGAUUCAUAUCUUAUGCCCCAAGUCUUCCACUAUCUGAGAAGGUUCUGCUUUUACAUUCAUAUCAACCCUGUUAUCGUGUCUAUGCUAACUGUUCACCAGCUCUCUCUGGUCUGUGAACUGAAACUAUUUCCUGUUUUACUGUUUUGUUGGAGAUUUGCACUGUGUUUUGCAGAUUUACUUGCUCUUGAAUUCACACUGUAUGUUUUUUUUUUAUUUUUGUUUGUGUUGUUUUUAGGUAUCUGGUGAUUUAUAGCAGUUUUGAAAUGUAUAAUCUGCACUGUAAUUGUUAUUUGCUCUUUUUAGGGCCAUAAAUUGGGGGAGACUGUUGCAGGUGACUGAAAGUGGGUCAGUAGAUUUACCCCUGCAGUCCCAUUAUAUUUGGCACUAAACUACUGAUCAGUGUCCAGUGAAAUGUCCACGGCACAUACUUAUUAUUUUUCACAGGACUGGAGCAAUGUUGAUAGCAGGUUCAUUUUUAAUUCAGAAAUAGCUGAUUUAUUUUUUAUUUUCAUUUUUUUUUAAACUAGCAUUUUAAUAUAUAUGAGUUUGUUACUUACUGAAUAGUAUCUAGAUUUAAAAAUUAUGUUACAAGGAGGUUGGUGAGAUGUUGUCAGCUGAAGCUGUUGUGUUCAUAUCAUUGGCUCGUAGGGGCUGACGUAAAAACCAACAGUAGCCGAAAUGUUUAUUUCUAGUAAUAGCUAAUGAACUCCUCAUUUGAACAGUCAGUGCCAUCUUUGUUUUCAAAGAUUACAGCACUACAGUACUGGAGAGUAGUUGCUGUCAUAUCAUGCACUGAACAUGAAUUUAAUGUGCCUUAAUAUAAGCUUUGCCUCAAAGUUGACUUGGAUAUUGGGUUACUUACUAGCCCAAAGAGAGUUGCAGCUUCUCUCGCUUUUCUUCCCAAUGUAUUAAUUCUCUGAUAUGUCAGGGAUUCCAUGAAGAGGAGAAACUGAAUUCUGCAUUGAAUUGCUUGGUUUUCACAUUUCUCUUCGAGUUGUAGAUUUAAGUAACAAGCAAUAUGAAUACUUCAGUGAAGGGUACAGAUAUUUUUAUGUUAAAAAUAGAAAUGUAAGGAAGAAUUGAUGCAUUUUAUUAUCCAUUUUUGCCUAGAGGUACAAAUGAAAAAUGAUAGAAAAUUAGAAAUACAGAAAUUAUAGAAUGAUGGUUGAUAGAAAGAUUUAGUACACUUGAUCACACCAUCUCAGGGCCUCUUGUAAGCAAUAACCUCACUAAAGAUGUAAUAACAGUUCAAUUUCUGUCACGUAUUUGUCAAUGUAUGCACAAGACAUGCACAAUUGCCAAUUAUUGUCAACAUGGGUUUUCUUUGCUAUUAAUGAACCUAAACAUCUGCAAUGUCCAUGCAUUUCUCAGCAAAGGCAAUGCUUAGUUUAUCCUGUCUGUAAAACCAUUUUAUUGUUGGUUAAUCCAUAACCUUCAAAAUAAAUGUCUUGUUAACA